UGUUCUGCUAGUGACAGGGCUGUCAGGGUCAGAUGGCUGCUCAGCCUGAUUAGACCAGCUCACAGCCGAUCCUCCACACAGCCCACUGCUACAGCAAGGUAUAGAGCACAGCACAGACGGCGCAGCAGCUAUAUGAGGCCAGGGUUUGCUGAGAGAGGAGGAUAGUUUGCUGUUAUACAGGGGAAGAGCAACAGGUUGUUGCUCAAAGACUUCAUUUUCUGGUGGUUGAAUACCAGACAUUUCAAGUUCUAGAGGUGGAAAAAGACUAAAAGCAGGUGGACUCCACUGUGGCAAAGAGGCCCAAUAACUGUGUGUUUGCCUGUGGUUGGAAAUGACAUUGAAAAGCAGAAUCGCUGGUUGAUGGAGUUUGUGCGGGGGAGUGGUGACUACUGCCACGCUCAACACCAUUAAGGGCUACUUGGGAUGAAGCUACAGCAUGCAGUCCUGCGGCCCUGAAACCUGAAAGACCAUUGCUCUCUGAAGCAGCCAGCUAAUGGGGUAAUACGUGGAGCCUCGACACUGGAAGCUUACCGGAGAGAAAAAGAGAGCUACUGAAAGACACAGAGAGAAGGACUGAAGUGACAAUCUGAGAAAUUAAAACAACGAAAGUUGACACGCCGUGCUUCCUGAACUAUAGGACACAGUCAACUGAUGGACUAAAACUGUACAACAGGACAUCGGAAUUGGGAAAAUACCUUAAAGGCUAUAAACAAUCUCCCAACAGGAAGUUCAACCAGAGACAGGAGGUCACCUGGUGACCUGCUAUAAGUUGAACUCACAGCAGCUACCUGCUGCAGCUCCAGCUGAAGAGGACGUUCUAGGACAUUAAAGGUCACGGCUGCCAACAUGAACCGCCCUGCUCCAGUGGAACUGUGCCACAAGAACAUGAGAUUCCUCAUCACACACAACCCUACUGACAGCACGCUCACCUCCUUUAUAGAGGACCUGAAGCACUUUGGUGCCACCACAGUUGUUCGAGUCUGUGAUAUCACCUAUGAUAAAACACCGUUGGAGAAAGACGGCAUUACUGUGGUGGAUUGGGCGUUUGAUGAUGGAGCCCCACCCCCUACGAAGCUGGUUGAUGAUUGGUUGAAUUUGCUGAAGAAGAAAUUUCUGGAGGAACCAGGAUGCUGCGUGGCUGUCCAUUGUGUGGCUGGACUGGGGAGGGCUCCUGUGAUGGUUGCUUUGGCUUUGAUAGAGAGCGGGAUGAAGUAUGAAGAUGCUAUUCAACUCAUUAGACAGAAACGUCGGGGAGCCAUCAACAGUAAACAGCUAACCUACCUGGAGAAAUAUCGAUCAAAGCAAAGACUUCGCUUCAAAGACUCUACUGCACACACGAACAAGUGUUGCACAAUGUGAACACACACACACACACACACACACACACACACACACACACACACACACACACACACACACACACACACACACACACACACACACACACACACACACACACACACACACACACACACACACACCCUCAGACAUCUUGUACCCCUCAACAAAUGCUCUCAGGAAAGAACCAUACAAGCCUUGUCAUCUUGUCAUAAAACCUGAUGUGUACCCUGGGAAUUUUUGACAGCGGGUUUGUUACAAUGUAUCUUUAUUCCCUUGUUUGUUAGAAUUCUUGGUCCCUUUUAAAUUAUUGUAUUGGCAUGUUUGCUUCAUUUUAUAGAUACCAGUGAAAGAAAUUGCCAAGAUGGGCAAGACAAUCCCAUAAAAAUGUUUGUAGCAUAUUGUUAAGGCAUAUUUGCUCAACUAAAUAGCUCUGGGAAAGACAGAAACUUUGGUCAGGGAUCAGGUCUUGAGGUUUCACAUUAAAAUGUUCAAUAAAAUAAAUCCAUAGAGUACAGUACAAGUGGGCAAACCCAUACAAAUUGGUGUUGCUGAUUUAAAUUGAUACAAGGCCUUCAAAAUGUCAAAUAAUACUGCAUACUUUGUUAAAGGUGGGGUAGGUAAGUUUGAGAAACCGGCUCGAGAUACACUUUUUGUUAUAUUCCAUGGAAUGCUCUUAACAUCCCGAUAGCAAUGAAUAUCUUAAGUGCUUUGACAAAAAAUCCAUAAAAAAAUGUCAUCUGUGGAAGCCGUAGUACUGUAAAAAGCACGACCAAUCAUUUUAGCCGACCCGGCUAAAAUAACUGGAUGGCCUACCUGCCUGUCAGCCUUCCAUCUGUGCACAAACUUAUCUCAUGCCCUCAUUGGUCAUGUGCGCGUUCGUGUGUGUUGGAGGAGGGGCUCUGUAAGGAAGUGGCAGAUUUUUUCCGGCUGUGUAUUUUCAAAUUCUUGCGCACUCGAGCUGGUUUCUCCAAAAUUACCUACCCCACCUUUAAGUAACUAUUUAUUUUUUCAAUGAUGUACACAUGUUCAAUAAUAGUUUAAAACUCACCAUUAUCAGGGUAAUAACAAGCAGUAUUUAUGUAAGAUUGUUUUAUACCAAAACCUUUAAAACCAUAAUGUUGUAGCUCAGGGUUUUUACUAUAAAUUUAAGUCAAUACUAUAAGUAACCCUCUCUUUGACAUUAUUCCUUUUAUUGUCUCUUCUUUAGUUUUAGUUUAACUGGAGAUAUAAGGGCUAAUUUUCAUCCGAGUAUUUUCUGACAUUUGUCUAAAAAUAAGAUAUUAUUUAUUGUCUAUGAUCAUUGUGAAUAUCAGCUUUUGGUAAAUAUAAAGCCUUCAUUUGGUUUUGUCACAGUUGCCGUUUUAAAAUUACUCCAUUGUGCUCAAGUUAUGUGUUUACAUAUCAAUGUGUGCAUUAUAUUAUGCUCUGUUUACUGACAUUCACAGAAGGAAACAGUUGAUUUGAAGCCAAGUAUAAAGUAUGUAGUAUUUUAAUAAUACAUUACACACAGACUUAAAGGACUGAUUAUGUAAUCUAGUUGUGAAUAAUGUAAACAAAUGUGAUCCUAUUUUUAUCCCUUUUAUUCCCAUGGACAUAAGGGUUAAACCACUCCUACCAUUCAUUGACAACAACAAUUUGCACACAAAAAAUAAAUAGUUUCAAAUAUGUGUAUAUUAUAUAUUCUAUAUUCUGUGUCAUAGAGGAAUUUACAUUUUAUCAGCAGUGGAGGACACAAUCUCCUAGUUUUAAUCCAUGGAUGAUGUGUAAAUGGAGGUACUGGACUAAUCCUAACGUAAAUAUAGCUGCGCAUCAUUUAUGUCUAGAUCACACUAUCUACUAGGUCAAAGAUUAUCUUGUGGGGUGGAGUUUACUUAUGUGUUUUGUUCCUGAAUGAUGCUUGCAGCCAACUGCUUCCUUUUUUGCUGAUGAUAGAGCAUGCCCUUUUUGUUUUAGUAGGUUGCUAGUCUCCCAUCAUCUAUGGUCUUGAAUGACAAUACGUAGAAAAUAAAAUGAGAGCAGAGGGUGUAACAUUGAUGUUAAAAAGGAGAUAGGAAUAGGAUCAACCACGUUUUCCUGAAAGCUUAGCAAAUUGGCUACAGAUUCCUUGUUCAUAUAAUGUGUGUAUGUUUUUUGACUGUGUGUGUGUGUAUGUGUAUGAAUGUGUAUUUGUCUAUGUGUUUGUGUAUGACUGUGUAUGACUGUGUGUGUAUGUUUGUGUGUGUGUUUUUCGCAAACUUUAGCCAUUGUAAAUCCUUGGGACUGGCAUAAACCAACACUUUUUUAAUGUAAAACAAAUGUUGUAAACGUCUGUUUGUCUGUAAAUUCUCGCACUGUUAAAUAAAGUUUUUGUCACUGUCCCUUUAUUAUA